AUGGCUGCACCAGGCGGAAUCAGCCCGCAUUCCGAUGCCGACCUCAUGAGGCAGGCUGUACUACAGAAUAGCGGCGGCGCACACGAGGAUGACAAUCAAGAUAACAUUAUCGGCUCGUCGGGAUCCACUCCUUCUGGAGUAAUUACACCUCAGCCUGAUCCUGCGGACAAACGUCUACCUUCUAUAAUGCAUUACUUCUCUCAGGUUGGUAACCCGGGUUUCCCACUGAGUUCUCUCAAAGCACGGUUAUCUACUUCUUUCACAAAUUUUCCCGCAACUACUGUUACAGGGUCAAAUGUGCAGUCGACAGUACAGACUGUGAAACCUAAAGAGGAUGGCGUCUUUGCUAGGGUUUCUUCAUCAUCUGGGGCGAAUGCUACACACGAGCAUCUCGAAAGCCCAGAAAAAGCCGAAACCCCAGAGACUUUCAAUCCUACCUCCCUUCCCACCCCCCCUUACUCGUCUGCUUGUUCAUUGUCACAAAAGGACAUGGAGGAGAUGGAGAGCACGGCACCCAACACCGAGAAAACUGCCGUCUCCAUUUAUUCUGCGUUGAAAGAUUACAUGUUAUCAACAACGCCGAGCAAUAUUACCGAGUCACCCUCGUCACGGCGUCCUACAUGUCACCCAAUCUCUGGCGUAUCUGACGAUUCAGUUCUUGCAUCUCAUUUCUCAAAUCCAUCCCUCCCUGAUGCUUCAGAUAUUCAAACUUUAACGAAUGUCCCCUUGUUGGAGCAUGAAAAGUCCCAUCACACAUCCAAAUCCUCUGAGAACCUUGCCAAGUUGACUGAGACCGUGGCUAAUGCGUCCCAUCUAAAGAACACACCGCCUUUGACACCACGGGCAAUGUCUAAUGACAAUAGUACGUCAUCUGACAGACAUUCCAACGGCUCUACAUCUGCUCCGUCGACCUCGAAUCAGCGCCAAAGUCCAACGGCACCUCCUUCAGAAGAAUCUGAUGAGAAAUCAAGCGGCGCUGCUUCACCACAGACGUCAUCGGAUGGUCCUACAGUGGCAUCCCUCAAGGGUAAACUCUCCGUCAAAAUUGACCAAGGCCGAGGUUUGCGGCCCAGCGUCGAUCCGUAUGUUGUCUGUGUGUUCGAGUGGAAUGAGUAUAUUUCGAAAGGCACCCAAAGUGGCGAACAGACUCCCGAAGGCAGGCCCGGCGACAAAGAGUACCUUGAUAAUGAUAACGGGCGGCCGGUGGCCAUUCCUAUGAAAAGCCGACAAAGCAGCCACAACAGUCAAUUGGAUAACGUAGACCAUAAGGGAAAAGCGCCUGUUACCGAUCCGCAAUGGAACCAUGAAGCUGUAUUUGACGUGAUGGGUGAACAGUCGGAGAUUGAUGUUUCUGUCUAUGACCGCUACAACCAAGAAGCGUUUCUUGGUCAUGUGCGAAUGAGUCUGAAUCUCAGGGAAGAACGAUCUAGUUUGGAGGGUUGGUUCCCUUUAACUGCUCGAGGUCAAGGCGACUUCCAAGUUUCGGGAGAGAUCCACCUGGAGAUGCACUUCGAAAAGACCGAAAGAAAACAAGUUGGACCCAACGACUUUCAAAUACUGAAACUCAUAGGCAAAGGCACAUUCGGUCAAGUAUAUCAGGUUAAGAAGAAAGAUACGCAGCGAAUCUACGCUAUGAAGGUAUUAUCUAAGAAGGUCAUUAUUCAGAAAAAAGAGGUCGCGCAUACCUUAGGCGAACGAAACAUCCUUGUCCGAACGGCCAUGGCAGCCUCACCGUUCAUCGUCGGGCUCAAGUUCUCAUUCCAAACCCCAACUGAUUUGUAUCUGGUCACGGAUUACAUGUCCGGUGGCGAGCUUUUCUGGCACCUUCAGAAAGAGGGGCGUUUUCAGGAAGCCCGCGCGAAAUUCUACAUUGCAGAAUUGAUUUUGGCCUUGCAGCACUUGCACGAACAUGACAUUGUCUACCGUGAUUUGAAACCGGAGAACAUUCUGCUGGACGCCAACGGACACAUUGCUCUGUGCGAUUUCGGUCUGUCUAAAGCAAAUCUUACCAAGAAUGACACGACAAACACGUUCUGCGGCACAACGGAAUAUCUUGCACCGGAGGUUCUAUUGGAUGAGCAAGGUUACACAAAGAUGGUCGAUUUCUGGUCUCUAGGAGUUCUCGUGUUCGAGAUGUGCUGCGGCUGGAGUCCAUUCUACGCGGAAGAUACGCAACAGAUGUACAAGAAUAUCGCUUUUGGCAAAGUCCGGUUUCCACGGGAUGCUCUUAGCACAGAAGGGCGUAAUUUCGUCAAGGGUUUACUCAAUCGCAACCCCAAGCACCGGCUUGGCGCCAAGGAAGAUGCCAAAGAAUUGAUGGCACAUCCGUUUUUCCAUGAUAUUGACUGGGAGACUCUAGGCCGUAAAGAGGUCAUCCCUCCUUUCAAACCGAAGUUGAAGUCGGAGUCUGACACUUCAAACUUCGAUCCCGAGUUUACCACUGCCCUGGAUAAUUCUUCUUCGUUGAACGAUCGGGCGGCUGCCUUGGCUAACGGCGCUAUGCCUGGGUCUACCCCUCUUUCGCCGGGCAUGCAGGCCAACUUUAAGGGAUUCACAUUCGUGAAUGAGAGCUCUAUGGAUCAUCACCUCAAGGACAACGUUGACCGCAUGGAUGAAGAUACGAAAGAAGACGAGCACUGGCAUCGACAACAACGUUCGAUCGACUCGACGGAUCGUCGCAUGAGUGGGAUUGUCAAGACGGGGCAUGAAGGCGAAGGCGGUGUCUUUAACAAUUUUGACAUAUAG